CCUGUUGGGUCAUCUACUGCUUGGCAACACGCAAUGCUCCUGUCUAGAUUCAACAAUUUUUGUCUCAUAAUGAAAAAACACACAGAGACCAAAUAGAGGAAGAGCUCAAAACAAGACAGUGGUAAAGAAUCAUGAUCAUCUUAAGGAGGCAAAAGACUGAAAGAGCAAGCACCAGUCCUGCACAAUGAGUGUUUAUAGCAAAUGCCUCCAAUAACAAUUUGGAAAAGUCAGAAACUUUACAAUGAACCAAUGUGCCACUGACUCCAAUAGUUCUACAAGAUGUUCCACCCAAGGCAUAGACAUCCAGUGCUACUUGAUCCUGGACAGCAGCACACAGAAAAUCCUUAUUGCAUUUAUCUGCAUUGUAAUGGGAGUACUAUGUAUCCUGGAGAACAUAUUGGUCCUUUCCAUGAUUCUUACCUCUUCCCAUCUGAGAAAAAAACCAUCCUACCUAUUUAUCAGCAGCCUGGCUACAGCAGACCUACUAGCAAGUCUUAUUUUCUCAUACAGCUUCAUUGACUUCCACGUUUUUCAUAGUGCUGGUACUCCUGCAGUUUUUUUAUUCAAACUUGGUGGCGUCACCUUGUCCUUCACAGCCUCACUUGGAAGUUUACUUCUGACAGCUUUUGACCGGUACAUUUGUAUCCAUAAGCCAUGGGCAUAUAAAGCAAUGGUGACCAGACAAAGAGCUCUUCUGGCAUUGACAGUAAUGUGGAUCAGUACAACCAUUAUCUCAUAUCUACCUCUCAUGGGUGUUAAUUGCUGUAGUCUUGAAGUUGUCUGCUCAGAACUAUUCCCACUGAUUGGCAACAAAUAUUUGUCCUUUUGGAUUGUGUUAGUUGUAAUACUUCUCAGCUCUAUAAUAUUCUCCUACAGCCAUAUUCUAUGGAAGGCACACAAGCAUACAAGCUAUAUGAAGAAGCAUAAUAUACAAGCAGAAAAAGGACAAGCCCGAGUGAGAUUGGACAUCAUGUUGGCCAAAACUCUAGCACUUGUAUUAAUUGUGUUGAUAGUCUGCUGGAGCCCAGUUCUCAUUCUUAUGAUUUUCAGCCUCAUAAACUCAUUAAAUGCAAGAAUCAAGGCUGUGUUUGCAUUUUGUAGCACUCUUUGUUUAGUCAACUCCAUGAUCAACCCAAUAGUCUACGCUCUCCGGAGCAGAGAGUUACGACGCAGGCUAAUCAGAGUCUUACAAAAGCUGAAAUGUCUGAAGAAUCUGCCUGGUCAGCAAAAAGUGGAUGGAACUGAAAAGAACAUGGCUUUUGAUGCCACCUGUGAUGACACAGUUUGUGAUACUGAAGUCAGCAUGUAAGGACCAUUUGCUAGAUCACUGCUGUGA